ACACUAGACGGCCGCGCCCGCCGAGCAGCGCCGCAUGCCCUCCGUCUUUCGGCGCCUGCGCCGCACCCGCACCCACGCCAGCAGCAGCAGCGACGGCGCCACGACGCCCGCGACGCUCGCCUCGUCGCCCUACUCGUCGGCCGCCGCCUCGCUCGCCGCCACACCGGCCACGUCGCUCGCCUCCUUUGCGCCGCCGACGCUGUCGCAGCAGGCGUACGCCUACCUGCUCUCUGCGCCGCCCUACUCGCCGCUGGCUCUCGCCGCCGCAUUCGAGUUCCAUUUUGCACGCCCCUCGCCAACCUCGCUCCCGUCCAGCUCCGUCAGCGCGCGGGCUGGCGCACAGUGGCACCUGCGCAGCGGCGGCGAGGUGCGCCCGGAACAGCGCGAGGAGGAACAUGUGGGCGAUUUUGGCUGCGGCGCCGCGCCGCUCGCCGCCUGGCUCGAGAGCUGGGCGCAGCACGUCUACGCCCGCGACUGGGAUGCACACAUGCUUGAGCUGGCGCACGGCACGCGGGACAUGGACUGCGAGAUGCGUGCCAGCGUCGGCCUGCCGAAGGGCGAUGCUGCGUGGGACAUUGCCCACGGCACCUUUGCCGAGCCCAACCUGCCGCGAGCCCUGACGUUCCUCACGCUCGGCUCGUGCGCCCACUACCUCGCCUGGAACGAGCCAUUGGCGACGUACAAUGUCUUUUACCGCCAUCUGCUGCCGCACGGCACGCUGCUCCUCAUCGGCCACCGUCCCGUGCCGGGCCCGUAUGACGGUCCAUGCGGCGAGCAGACUGCGCCGCUGCGUAGGGCACUGGAGCAGGCGCCCUUCACCGAGCCCCUGGCGCGCUUCUACGGCGAGGCGGCGCGCCUGGGCCACCGCGACAUGUACUCGACGCUACCAACGCCACGCGAGGCAGGCGCCGCCGGCUGGCUGCCCACCGUGCGCUACCUGACCGUCAAUGCGCCGCCCGAGUGGUCGGGCCCGCGCGGCGAGGACAUGACGUGUCCGGAGGCCGAGGAGCUGCGGGCGACGAGUCCGCGCGCGAUGGCGCACUGGCUGCGCACCACGACGGGCUAUGUGGCCUACCUCCGUGCGAACCCGCAGGAGAAGGCGCGCGCCGCCGUCGAGGAGGACCACGCCGGCCGGCUGAUGAAGGCCGCGUGCGCCGAGGGCGGCCUCGACUACGACGACAAGCUCGAGCUGCGCAUGUUCUGUGCCGCGCUGCUGCUGCGCCGCGACGCUACAUCUGCACCUGUACAAUGACUCGUCUAAUGAUAUACCCACCAACAGCCGUGACCGGCGUGGCUUAAGACAGCG